AUGCACUCGACACAACACUUGUUAUAUACAUAUAUAUCUCCUCAUUGGUCUCUGCCGCCGCCUCUGCGCUUACUUGCUGGAGAUGCUCUCUGCCCUUUGGGGCGGCGGCCGCCCCCGCCCCUAGGCUGCCCACCCGGGAGCGGCGCUGCGGGGCGGAGGGGGCGCGAGACGCGAAUUCUGAGGCGCCGCUCGCGAAAGGCGAGGCCGCGGAGGAGGCGGGAGCAGUGCGAGGGGGCCCCGCGUUGCGGCGGCGGGGCGGUGGGGGCGGUGGGGCAAGGGCGGAGGGGUGUGGCGGCCUGGGCGACAGGCGGCGCCGACGCCCCGGUUGCGGUGAGCCCCGCGGCGGACAGCCCUGCGAUUGCCGCGGAGGCGGGGCACGAGCCCCCCGUUUCAGCGUCAAACAAGGACCUUCAGCGAGCGGCCUUGGGUAACAACGCGUCUCUUGGCGAGGAGUAUUUGUUGGGGCGGCGAGGGGCGGCGUGCGCAGAACCCGGCCGAGGUUGUGGCAAACCCGCGGCCCGCGCCGGGUGCCGCGCCUUUGCACUAGCCAUCUUUUUGAAGCCGUUUGCACCGCACGCGGCGCAGCUUGGCCCGGCCCGAGCAUUUCGGCCCCUGCGGGCAUGCCGAGGCGCGCGCGGACACGGCGCGAGUUGGCGCGAAUGGGGCGACGAGGCCCCUGCGCGGGGCCCGGUCUUGCAACAGGGGGGCGCGGGGCCCCGCCAACAAGCUUGUCAAGAACCGUUGGGGGGCCGCCGUGGGUGCCCGCACACCCUCCAACGACGACGCGGCGCAAGAUCCCAUUGUGUUUGUCGCUGCGCCCCGCUCGGGCUGGAGGGCGGUUGCCCAGCGCCGCUGGGUGAGGGGGAAGGGCGCCGCGCCCACCACCACAACCGCCCACCCGCGACGGUAGGAUCCAUGGCGUGCGCCCUCUCCGACCCUGCCCGCGAACAUUCGGGGCCUGGGAGCGCAGAGCCCCCGCCAGGCCGAGGCUCUGGGGUAUUUUAA